AUGGCUCAAUUGCCACCCAAAGUUCCAAUUCCAAACAUGACACAACCUUGGCCUGAAUUUUCUUCUCAUCAAAAAAUGCCUAACCUUAAAACUAUUCCACCAAACUUUUCCAACAAUCAACACAACCCUUCAUGGGUGGACGAGUUUCUCGACUUCUCGUCCACCAGACGAGGGGCUCACAGACGGUCCGCGAGUGAUUCUGUGACUUUCAUUGAGGCGUCAGUGAUGGAGCAUUGUCGCCGUAGAGAGAGGGACAGUGAGUUUGAAAGGUUUGACGAUGAACAAUUGAUGUCUAUGUUUGGUGUGGAUGAGGUUUCCGGGAAAAACAUGAUGCAGCCGCCAGCAACAGGAGUAGCAGCUACAUUGUCCUCUAACUCAAACCCUUCAACUCCUUCUGAUAAUAACAGCAUCAACGAAGAGGAGGAGGAGGAUGAAAAGCAUCAUCAACAGAAACAAUUGAAGCAUGAAUCUGAUGAGGAUGAAUUUGAUGAAUGCAAACAGGAAAUCGCACGAGAUGACGAUGAUGAUACUAAUGGAAACACAACAUCUUAUUCAAGUCAGAAAAUUACUGACCCCAAGAGGGUCAAAAGAAUCUUGGCAAAUAGACAAUCUGCCCAAAGAUCAAGAGUGAGGAAACUGCAAUACAUAUCAGAGCUAGAGCGAAGUGUGACUUCAUUACAGGCAGAAGUAUCAGUACUGUCACCACGAGUCGCAUUUCUGGAUCAUCAGAGGUUGCUUCUAAAUGUUGACAACAGUGCUCUCAAGCAAAGAAUCGCAGCUCUUGCCCAAGACAAAAUCUUCAAAGAUGCUCAUCAAGAGGCAUUGAAGAGGGAGAUAGAGAGGCUGAGACAAGUUUAUCAUCAACAAAACAUCAAGAAUAAUGCUUCAACAGUAGUGUCACCAUCUCCAUCACCUAAACCACCUUGUGAUAAUGAUACUCACAUUGAAAAUGAACAUCUUAUCAAUGUUUGA